AUGUCGUCAUCAUCAUCAUCAUCUGAUGAGCUUGAAGAAAGAUUGGACGAAGUUUUCGACGAAAUCCUCGAAGAUACGUACAACGAUAUGGUGAAUGCCCAAACCAAUAAUCAACGGAGACGUGCUUAUGUAGAACGAAACCGUGAAGCAGGCCACAACCGUUUAUGGCAUGACUACUUCAGCGAAGACUCGACAUACUCGGCACAGUUAUACAGACGACGUUUCCGCAUGAACAAAGAUUUAUUCAUGCGUAUUGUCCAUGAACUCUCAGAGAACGUUCCGUUCUUUCAACAUAGACAAGAUGCAACCGGGAGGUUUGGUCUUUCUCCACUUCAAAAAUGUACGGCAGCAAUUAGUCAGCUUGCUUAUGGUUCUGCGGCUGACACGGUUGACGAGUAUCUCCGUCUUGGUGAGAGCACAACAAUUUUGUGUUUACAUAAGUUCACUGAUGGAAUCAUCCGUUAUUUGCUAAAGUUCAAGAAGCAACCCGAAAGGAUGUGGAGCGGGCUUUUGGAGUACUACAAUCCCGGUUUGCGAUUGUGA